UCGCGGGAGGACCUUGGCGCGUAAACCGUAUCCCUUCAUUCAUUGUCAGCAGCAGCUUCCUGGAGCCAUUUUUCAGCUGCCGGCCGCAGCACCCGGGCUGCCGCCGCCGCCUCGCAAUCCGUUGCAUCGGCUGCCCCCGACGCCUCCAUCUCCCCUCGGGGCCUGAUAUCCGUGCGGCCGGGACCCUCCUCUCUCCAGACCCCCGAUUAUUUUUGGCCCCGGGGCCUGUGCGGUGCGGAAAAAUAAAAAGAAAAGAGAGAGAGAGGGUUCGGAAGCGCCGGGAGGGGAGGCGAGAAGGAGAGACUUGGAAACUCCGACUGCAAAUAAUAAAGAAAUUGAAAGCAAUACGUUAAUAUAUCGUAACACUAAAAAAAGAGCAGGAGCGAGAGAUGAGAAAGGGGAUCCAGCCCGCCCUGGAGCAGUACCUGGUGACCGCCGGGGGUGGGGAGGGGGCGGCUGUCGUCGCCGCCGCCGCUGCAGCCUCCAUGGACAAAAGGGCACUGCUAGCCAGCCCCGGCUUCGCCGCCGCCGCCGCCCCGGGCACGUACAUCCAGAUCCUCACUACGAACCCUUCCACCACGUCCUGUGCCACCUCCCUCCAAAGCGGUACCCUGGCCACCGGCCCCCUUCUCCCCAGUGUCCCCGGCGCGGAGCCGGCCGCCGGCAGCCUCCUCUACACCACGCCACAAGGACCCUCCAGCAGAGCCGGGCUGCUGCAGCAGCCACCAGCACCAGGACGCGGCGGCGGCGGCGGCCCUCCGGCAAAGCGAAGGCUGGAGCUGGGAGAGAGUGGCCAUCAGUACCUCUCAGAUGGUCUAAAAACCCCCAAGGGCAAAGGAAGAGCUGCGCUGCGGAGUCCCGAUAGUCCAAAAACUCCAAAAUCUCCCUCAGAAAAAACGCGGUAUGAUACGUCACUCGGUCUGCUCACCAAGAAGUUCAUUCAGCUCCUGAGCCAGUCGCCUGAUGGGGUCCUGGAUCUGAACAAGGCAGCAGAGGUGCUCAAAGUGCAGAAGAGGAGGAUUUACGACAUCACCAACGUGCUGGAAGGCAUCCACCUCAUUAAGAAGAAGUCCAAGAACAACGUCCAAUGGAUGGGCUGCAGUCUGUCUGAGGAUGGGGGCAUGCUGGCCCAGUGUCAAGGCCUGUCCAAAGAAGUGACCGAGCUCAGUCAGGAAGAGAAGAAAUUAGACGAACUGAUCCAAAGCUGCACCCUGGACCUCAAACUGUUAACCGAGGAUUCAGAGAAUCAAAGGUUAGCUUAUGUUACAUAUCAAGAUAUUCGAAAAAUUAGUGGCCUUAAAGACCAAACUGUUAUAGUUGUGAAAGCCCCUCCAGAAACAAGACUUGAAGUGCCUGAUUCAAUAGAGAGCCUACAAAUACAUUUGGCAAGUACCCAAGGGCCCAUUGAGGUUUACUUGUGUCCAGAAGAGAUAGAAACACACAGAGCCAUGAAAACAAACAACCAAGACCACAAUGGGAAUAUCCCUAAGCCCACUUCCAAAGACUUGGCUUCUAACAACUCAGGACAUAGCGACUGCUCCGUUUCUACAGCAAACCUCUCUCCUCUGGCCUCCCCAGCCAACCUUUUACAGCAGACUGAGGACCAAAUUCCUUCCAACCUCGAAGGACCCUUUGUGAACUUACUGCCUCCCCUGCUCCAAGAGGACUAUCUGCUGAGCCUGGGGGAGGAAGAGGGCAUCAGUGAUCUCUUUGAUGCGUAUGAUUUGGAAAAGCUGCCCCUCGUGGAGGACUUCAUGUGUAGUUGAUUGGGCUUUGUACAAACUGUCCUUAUUAUAAACCGAUAUUUUUUUAUCAUGGAAUCAGAACGUGUAUCACAGUGUUGUCCCUUCCUACCUUCUUCCUCCAAGAGUAUCAUGAAGUAAACUUCAGAACAAAGCUGACAUUUUAAUGAAUUAUUAAUUUUUUUUUUUUCCCUAAACGCACAGUUGCAGGCUCCCUUGGGAAAGCCCUGCCUGGUCCCAGGCUCCAAAAUCUUCCUGAUGAGUCAGCAAGUGAGAAGAUGUGCAAUCAGGUGUCUCUCACCUGCCCUUUUCUCCUCUCCUUCCUCCUUUCCUUGCGGACUGGCUUGCUGUGCCUAAUGGAUGGGCUGUUGAAUGGGGUCUGGCCACCUGGCCCACUGGAAAACAGCGCUCUCCCGUAACAGCAUUUCAAGCCGUGCCUUCUCUGCAGAAUGCAUGUCUUUGUGAGUCUGCUAACAUGGAAUGGAAUUCUGCCACAAAUGCAAGCUUGAAGUCAUGCAAAGGAAUGACACGGAUUUCUUCAGCUCUUAGGAAUAUUUAAAUUACUCAUAAUUCAGUGUAAGCUAUGGGCCGUGUGUCCCACCAGGAGGCUGCAAGAGCCUCCACAGCCUUUUGGAUGAAGAACUUGUUUGUGAGUACUCAUUGCAGAUACAGAGACUAGGAGAGUUCUGCUGCUCGAAGCUGUUGUGGAUUUUCCUGUCUCCAUACCCCACCCACUUCCACUUCCCCCACCUGCGUAUUUGUGAGUUUCCGGUUAAUUACUUGCAACUUAGGAGUUCCUUGUGGGUUGUUUUAGAAGUUUUAUUUUUCUAGCUGCCAUUGAAGCAUUCCUGUGGCACCCAUCAACCAUUUCAAUUGAAUUGUUUACCUUAAAGCGGUUUUUGCAAAUUCCUGUUCCUUUAGCAGAGGGAGAGACCCUCUACUAAUCAAAGCAUCUAAACCUGUGUGACCUAAGGUCCACCAGCCUCUGCAAGAAACAUCCUCUGUCUUGCUUCCUUUCCCAGGAGGGAAGCUUGGAGCGAGAACAGCUCUGGAGCUCACUGACUCGAGCGGCCCCCAGGGUGGACCUCGGGCCAGAUGAUACAGCUGUCCCAUGGAGCAGCAGGCAUGGAUCCCUCCAUCCUUGGGCUUCCCGGGCCCCUGCGACCGGGGAAAGGGCUCUGAUGCCACACUCAGGGAGACCACUUCUCAGGAUGGGGUCAGGUGGAGAGGCCCUAGGGAGAACGACAUCCCAUCGUGUGAGUGGCAUUCUAUCAGGGACACUUCCUUAUGUUGGAACGAGGAACUCCCACCGUGUCAGGGGGUAGACCAGUUCCGGCCAGAACCCACUCACCCCUCCCAUUGUGAGUGGGCGAGUUGGGUUAAGGGAAGGCAGGAGAUAGGAAAUGCAGUGAUAGAAUGCCAGGGCAACUCCCUCGUUACUCCUCAGGAAUGGUGUCCCAAACUGGAGGCUUUAUGUCAGCUACCAUCCUUCCAGUUACUUCCAAGAAUAGCGUUCCCACUGGCAGAUGGCGAUGGCCAUCAUGUCCUGGUGUUGAAUAUGGCAUAGUACCUCAAAUCCAUUCCUUGGAUGCUAAGGGCUGCGGAAAUGAGUUAGUCAUGAAAACUAACCUCCAGCUGAACAGUUUGAAAUGCUAUGUGCCUGGCCCACGGCGGGAGGCUCAUAGUAGGCACUCAACUCAUACACAUUUAAUCGAGUUGAAAAUAUCCCUUGGGAAAUCAUUUUACUAAACCACAAGAACCCUGGCCAGUUUACUCUAGAUAGAUUUCCACAAUAUGCAAAGUGGUGGUGGUGGGGUGGAGACAGAAGACACCGGCACUUUAAACUCUGUGUGUGGGUAUGCGUGGUGUAUGUUUGGGAAGAAAAAAAAAUCAAAGGUGCAGACUAUCUUCCUCUCUCUUCUUCAGCCUCCAGCCCCGGCCUCCUCCCCUCACACACUCUGGACUUGGUACAGAAUAAUCCGUGUGGUCCGAGCUGAAGCCCUGGGGUGGAGGAGGGAGGGGGAGCUUCGUGUUAAGUGCCUACUGGAAAUGCACUGUGGGGUUUUUUCCUGUAUGGGGAACCAUUUAUGCCAAGCUUUUCCCCCAUGUCCUAUAUUUAUCUCAUCUGGUUAGCUGCCUCUGCUUCUGGCUGUGUGUAAUUCUCUUGGCCAGCUGCAUAGAGCUGGGUUUCUUUCCCCAAAGUCCAAUGACUAAACUCACCUGGCUCUAGGUUGUUGUGUGUUUGGUUGACUUUUCUUGUUGAAACUAUUCGUAUUGUAAUACCGUAUUUAUUGUUUUAAGAAUUGAAAGGAAUACUAAUAAGUCUUCAAGAGUUCUUUCACGCAUAAUAAGACUUUUCCAGUUAAUGGGCUUAACUGGCUUAUGUAGAGGAGACAUCCAUACUGUUUUCUGUUUGUGUUGAGGCAUUUUCUUUGCUCAUAAUAUCUGGCACACAAAGUAGGCGAGUACUACAGUAUUUUUGUUACUUUAAGUCCUGAGAAUGCAGGUUCCCUGGUACCAUUAAGUUGCUGCUACUAAAAGCUCACAUGUGGAAUGGCUGAACAUUGCAAGCGUGUGAAUGGUGACGGCGUGAGCCUCAGAGAAUUAAACUGUAUAAAGGGCAACACAUGAGCUGUCAAACAGUGUUAGGCGUGUGUUUGUGUACAUAGCAGUUUUAUUUAAGCCGAUACAGUCCGCUCACAUUGCCAUUAUUUACCAGUUUUGUACAGAGAUAGCAAUUCAUUUGUAAACACUGCCAGAAUAUUUUCUAGCUGGUUUGUAAUUUUUUAAGACUGUUGCCUUGGUUUUUGUUUUUUGUUUUGUUGUUGUUGUUGUUGUUGCUGCGCCUGUGACUCUUGUUUGCCUUUUUGUUGUACGUGUAGCUCUGUCUGUAAAUAGAAUCGCAGUAUUUAAAGCUUUAGCUUUCAGGAAAAACAAAGUAAGAAUCCAAGUGUGUGCACGACAAGUUGUGUGGAUGAGAAGGGAUCUGAAGGAAGAUGCCUUGUGGAAGAAGUGGGGUGGCAGUUGGCAGGGUGUGGGAAUGUCUUUCCUACGGGGUACAUGCUUUUGUAAAAAGGAAGUGUUUCUCCCAACAUUGGGAGUACGCAAACUACUAAUCAGUUUAGCUUUGUGUUGUAUGCUAGUUAAAAAAAAUAAAUAAAUAAUGUAAUAUAAUGUAAAAAUAGACAAACAAACAAAAAAAGCUUUUAUGAUGGAUUUUGUAAAUAGAUUUGUUACAGGGUGACCUGUUCUAGCUGUGAUCUUACCACUUCAAAUGGAUGUAAUUUGAAUAAAUUUUGUAUGGUAAAGGGUCAAUAAAAUGAUUUUUUUAAGAGUUCA